AUGAAUGCCAUCUCUGAUUUAGAUCAAUUGUUAUUCCAAAAAUCUAAUAAACCUUAAUCCUCAUAAAAUCCUGAUAUUACCAUCACUUCUUACAGUGAUAUCUCAGAUGGAACUCCCAAUAAACAAUUAUUCAAAUUUCCUAUUAAUACCAAUCCACAACAAAUUCAACCAUAAAUGCAAGCUUCUGAUUCUAUUAUGGAGUCAAUGACACCAAAAAAAAUCAAUAAAUUAAUCGACUGGUCUAAAUAUAAUGUAGCACCUGGAAAUGCCAAAAAUAUAUUUCCACAAGUUGCUGGAAUUAGCAUAGAAUUCUCUAAUGAAAACUCAUUAAACUUUAAACAAUUAAUUAAACCAAAUGAAGACAAUCAAUCAAAUAAAUUUAUUGACAUGCAAUAAAAUACAAAUGAUUUCUCUCACUUAGAAGUUAAUACUACUAAAAAUGAAUAAUUAGAUUCCAAAAAUAUUUAAUCCCUAUAUCAUUCCAUUCUAUUAAAAGAUUCUAUUAUUACACAAUUAAAAAAUCAAAUCACAUCAUUGCAAUCUUCAGAAUCAACCUUACAAUCAGAAAUACAAAAAAUAUAUAAAGUUCUCCAUUCUAAAGAAAGAACUAUUGAAAAUUAAGAAUUACAAAUCUCUAAUCUAACAACUCAUCUUAAAAAUGAAUAAUAAGACUAAAAUAUUCUAUCUGAUAUUAAAAAAUCAACUGAUUAUGAAAUCAAUCCACAUUGUUAAUAGUGUUUUGCUGCAAAACAAGAAUUGAAAAACAUUUUAUAAGAAUGUUCAUUAGACAACUAAUUAACAAUUCUAGAGUCUGAAAAUAAUUUAUCAGCUUAAAUACGUGAAAUUGUAACACUAUUAUUAACAAAAUAAAGACAAUAAAUUGAUAUAGCAUUAGAAUAAUAAGAUGAAUAAAUUAAAGAAUUAAACGAUUAAAUUUAAUAAUCUUAAGUAUAAAAAACUUAAAUCUUAGAAGAAAAUAAUGCAUUGCAAAAAAAAAUCUAAUUAAUUUUUAAUGAAUACCAAGAAUAAGAAAAGAAUUUAAUAUAAGAAUUCGAAUAAAUUAAGAUAAUUAAUUAUAAUCUGGCCUAAGAAAAUUAACAAUAUAAAUAAUAAAUUUAAUCUUCUAAAAGUAAAGAUUUCAUUAAAUCCAUAGAUGCAGAUAAAUUUAAAGGUUAUACCUCUGUUUAAUCAGAAAAAUGUGAAAUCAAUAAUGAUAUCAAUUAAAUUCGAUAAUAAUUUUAAAAUUAAGUUAAAGAAUUACUUCAAAAGAUAUAAGAUUAUGAAAAAUAAAUUCAACAAUUGAAGGAGGACACUUUCAUAAAACAAAAAGUAUUUUAUUUAAUUAAUUGAAUAGAGCAAUUAUAAAUUAUAAUUAUAAAAAAUUAAAGAAAAUGAUAAAAAAAAAAUUGAAUUAUUCUCUUAAAUCAAAAUAUUAUAAUAAACAUAAAAAGAAAAUGAAAAAUCUAUAUAAGAAUUGAAAGAUGAUUAAGAAAAAUUAAAGAAGAAAAUUUAAUUUAAAAAUAUUGAAAUCAAAUAAUUAUUAGAGUAGAAUAGAACAAUUUUAGAUAAAAAUAAUGAAUUAAAUGCUAAAAUAAAUUAAUUGGAAUAAAAAUUAGUCCUAUAAGAACCAAAUUAGAAAGAAUAUAAAUAGUCUCCAAAAAGUAGAAGUCUAGAAUAAAGUAGAGUAAUUAGUUAACAUUUAUAACCCAAUCUUAAUUAUCAAUAUUUAAAUUAAUUGAUAAAUGAAUACAAAAGCUAUUAACAAGAAUUUAUAGAUCUAAAAGGAGUUUUUGCUGAAAAAUUAAAAUAAUAUGAAAUCUUAUAAAAUGUAUAAAUAUAUUCAUUAUCAUAUAGAAAAUACAAAAAUUAUAAAAUGAUAAUUUCUCAUUAAAUCAAUAAAACUAAAAACUCAUUUAAGAAAAUAAACAAAUAAAAAAUGAUAUAAAUAUUACUAAAAGAACAAGUGAAGAAUUAACUACAACUGUAAGAUGCUCUGCAGCUACAGGAGAAUCUACUCAAAUGAAAUCUUUUAUUAAAUAAAGUGAUUAUGAUACAGAAAAGAAAAAACAAUUUAACAUUAUAGAUUAAUUGGAACCUGAAUUAUUAUCUACUGAAGAGACUCUUCAUAUUUUAAAAGAGAUAUUAAUUAGAUCUGUCAAAUCAUUUGAAUUAAUUAGGAAAAUUUAUCAAAUAUCUGAAAUUAAGGAACUUUUAUUCAUAUUUUCUAAAAUAGAUGAAAAAUGUUUGAGUUCAAACUAAAAAUUAAAUAAAAUAGUUAGUUGUUUAUUAGGAGAAAGAAGGAAAUUAUAAUGGACAAAUAAAAAUGAGAAACUAGAUUUUUUAAAUUCUUGA